AUGAAAAGCAUUCCAAUCUACAAAGCUCAGACUCCCAUGGUUUCAUUUUUCCGACUGGGCUCCAUGUCUUUGUCCAAAUCUCAGCUCAUGAAUGCCUUGAUCAACGACCGCCACCACACAUUCUUCCAUAGAAACUGCCCAGGCAGCACCAAAUCUCGUUAUUUGAUGGAUGGUGUGGCAGAGAUUGCCUGGUACUGCCCUGCUGGAAAACCCAGUGAUUUCUUUACUGACUGCACUGCCUUCUGUAAUCUUCAUGGGGAUUCACUAAAAAAUGUAAAACAGCGUGAAAUAUUAACUGAAAAGUCCUCAGUCAUUGUGGUUCUUGUAGAAACUUUGGAAAAAGGCCAGGAAAGUAGCAAAAUCAUUUCAAUGCUUUACAAGUCCCCAAAGCCUCUCAUUAUUCUCAUUGCUGACAAUGGCUGUAGGGCAGUUGAGAUGAAACCAGCAAACUACAAAGUGGGUCUGAAAGAAAGAAGCCAGUCGGAUGUUUCUGAAGAAUUGAAAGAGAUUAUAAGAGCCAUUUUGUCUGGACCUCACACAACCUUUCAACUUGAAAUAAUGGCAAAUGACUUCAGAGUCACGGCAGAUGAAGAUGCAGAGGAUUGCAGGAAUGGGAAAUCUGCUGCCAUAAAACUGGUUCAACUGAUUGAAGGGAAGGAUGUUUCUAAAAUAAAAGCUACAUUUCUUCCCUGCCAAGGCCAGCCUUGGUUCGAAUGGUGCAAAAUCAAAAAAGAAUCACACAACCUAAAGGGACACAUUGAGAAAGAAAGGAGUAUGAAAAUCCAGCAGCUAAUGGAGCUGAGACAAAAGCAGAGUGACCUGUCCAACAGUUCACUGAUGAAGUCAUUCACUGAGAGCCUUGUGCGUUUGCCACCAAAAGACAGAGAAUAUUUCUUGAAAUGGACUCAGAUCCUGAUAGAUGAACUCUCUACAGAUGACCUUUCUUCAAAGAAACAUGACAAAUCUGCCGAAUUAAAUGACAAACAAGCUCAGCUUAAUCAGUUAUCAAAAAAGCUCCAAUCAGCAACUUUUGGUCUGGAACACAUCUUCAGAGAAAUGGGGCAGAUCUACGAAGCUCACAAAUUUUUGAAAAACCUCUCACCAGGCCAACAGGCUGAAUGGACUAAAUACCCUGAGCUGGCUGCAGAUCUGAUGAUAAAAGGACACCCGAUGGAGCUGAUGGAUGGUGAUGCAGGCCAUGUGCCUUUAAUAUGGGUCUCCAGUCUUAUACAGGAAGUCAUCAAGAAACUGGGUGACCAGCGAGUCUUUGUGCUGUCAGUUCUAGGCGUACAAAGCAGCGGGAAGUCAACAAUGCUGAAUGUCAUGUUUGGAUUGCAGUUUGCAGUGAGUGCUGGGAGGUGCACCAAGGGUGUUUACAUGCAGCUGGUUAAACUGUCAGAUGAAAUCCAGAAAGACUACAAGUUUGACUAUAUUCUAGUUGUUGACACUGAAGGACUACGUGCUCUUGAGUUAGCAGGCAACGCCACCAUUCAUCAUGACAAUGAACUUGCAACAUUUGUUGUUGGUCUGGGAAACAUGACCUUAAUAAACAUCUUUGGUGAGAAUCCAGCUGAGAUGCAAGAUGUCCUGCAGAUCGUUGUGCAGGCUUUCAUGAGGAUGAAAAAGGUCAAGCUUUCUCCAAGUUGUGUGUUUGUUCACCAGAAUGUCACAGAUAUUACAGCAACAGAGAAAAACAUGGAUGGAAAAAGACACCUGCAGGAAAUACUGGACAAUAUGGCUAAACUAGCUGCCAAAGAGGAAGGGUGUGAUGUUGAGUGCUUCAGUGAUGUCAUUGCAUUUGAUGUGCAAAAAGAUGUUAAAUACUUUGCUCAGCUGUGGGAGGGAAGUCCACCAAUGGCUCCUCCAAAUCCAGGGUAUAGUGAGAGUGUCCAAGAACUGAAGACCAUCAUCCUCUCCAAGGCUAAACCUUCUGAUGGGAUCCUUUUGUCACAUUUAAAUACCAAGAUUCAGGACUUGUGGAAUGCCUUGAUGAAUGAAAACUUUGUUUUUAGUUUUAAAAACACCCAAGAAAUUGCAGUUUACAGAAAGCUGGAGGUCCAGUAUGGGAACUGGACUUGGACCCUGAGGAGUGAAAUGCUGAACAUUGAAAACCAGCUUUAUCCCAAGAUUGAAAAGGGGCAGCUGGACAAAGCUGAGCUCAGUUACCUUUCCAAAGAAAUUAAAGAAACUUACAAAGCAGUAACAGACAGUAUAGGAGCUUACUUUGAUAAUGACAAAGACAAAGAAAUGCUGGUUCAGUGGAAGGGCCGAUUUGAGAACAAAAUUAGAGAGUUUCAUGAGGAACUCUUGAGAGGCGUGAAAAGAAAACUGGAUGACGUUAUCAGGCAGAAUAAAGCUCGAAAAAAGCUUGACAAAAAGAAAACUGAGUUUGAAAAUAAACUCUUCCAGAAGAGUAAAGAGCUUGCUGUUGGAUUAAAAUCCUUAGCAGAGGAUGAACAUAAAGGCAGCAAGUUGGCUCUUAGACUCCCAUAA